AUGGAAGAGAAUAACUUUGGGGGAAGUAUACCACCAAGUUUCGGGAACUGCAAAACUCUACAGAUACUUAACCUUUCAAGUAACAAUCUAAAUGGCACCAUUCCUAAAGAGGUUAUUGGGCUUUCAUCCCUUUCAAUUUCUUUAUCCAUAUCUAACAAUUUUUUGACUGGUUCACUACCAUCUGAAGUGGGUGAUCUGAAAAAUAUUGGGGAGUUAGAUAUUUCGGAAAACAAGUUAUCAGGUGAAAUCCCAGGAACCCUCGGCAGUUGUAUUAGUUUGGAGCGUCUUCAUUUGCAAGGUAAUAAACUUGAAGGAUCAAUUCCCCUAACAUUAGAAAAGUUAAGAGGCUUGGAAGAAAUAGACAUUUCGCGUAAUAACUUAUCAGGGAAAAUUCCCAAGUUUCUAGGAAAUCUUGGAUCUCUUAAGCAUCUCAAUAUUUCUCAUAACAAUUUUGAGGGUGAAUUGCCUAGAGAAGGGAUCUUUUCAAAUGCAAGUGGUGUCUCAAUCCUUGGAAAUAAUAGGCUAUGUGGUGGAUUUCCAGAAUUCCUUCUUCCUGCAUGCUCUAGCAAAAAGCGCCAUUCACCUCGAGGAUUACUUGCCCCAAAAGUAUUCAUCCCUAUAACUUGUGCACUAGCAUUUUUAAUUGCUCUGUCAUGCUCCUUUGCUGCUUGUUCAUAUGUGAAAAAGUCAAGAGAUAGACAAAUCACUUGGCAUUCUUAUACGGAUUGGAAAUCAGGUGUUUCUUACUCUCAACUCGUUCAAGCAACUGAUGGGUUCUCUGUAGACAAUCUGAUUGGCUCGGGAAGUUUCGGUUCUGUUUACAAAGGAGUACUGCCUAGUGAUGGAACGGUAGUUGCUGUUAAGGUGUUAAACCUUCAACAAGAAGGAGCUUCCAAGAGUUUCAUUGGUGAAUGCAAAGCGUUAAGAAGUAUAAGGCACCGUAAUCUUCUCAAGAUUGUCACUGUCUGCUCCAGUAUUGAUAAUCAGGGCAAUGACUUCAAAAGUCUAGUUUUGGAGUUCAUGGAAAAUGGAAGUCUAGACCAGUGGCUUCAUCCAAGAGAUGAUGAGCAAUCUCAGCCUAAGAGAUUAAGCCCUAUCCAAAGACUCAAUAUCGCAAUUGAUGUUGCUUCUGCACUAGAUUAUCUGCACCACCACUGUGAAACGGCCAUUGUUCAUUGUGAUCUAAAGCCAAGCAAUGUUCUUCUUGACGAAGAUAUGGUAGCUCAUGUUGGUGACUUUGGUUUAGCAAGGUUCCUCUUACAAGCAUCAAAUGAUCCCACCAAAAUUCAAACCAUGUCAGUUGGGCUAAAGGGUUCCAUAGGCUACAUUCCUCCAGAGUAUGGCAUGGGAAGCCAAGUUUCCAUAAUGGGAGAUAUUUACAGCUAUGGGAUACUGUUGCUAGAAAUGUUCACAGGAAAAAGACCAACCGAUGACAUGUUCAAAGAUGGUUUAAGCAUUCACCAAUUCACAGCCAUGGCUUUGCCUGACCAUGCCAGGGACAUAGUUGAGCCUUCAUUGCUGCUUGAAACAGAUGACGAGGAGGAUGAUGAAGAACAUGACAUACAAGAAAGACCCGUAGGGAAAUAUAAGGAUCUCGGUGCAGACAAAGUAAAAAGAUUGGAGGAAUGCGUGGCUUCAGUGAUGCAAAUAGGGAUCUCAUGCUCUGCCAUAUCACCGACAGAGCGGAUGCUUAUGGAUGUUGUCAUCAACAAAAUGAAUGCAGUCAGGGGCUCAUAUCUCAAUUAUUUAACAAGAAGAAGAAGAUGA